GAGUAGACUCCCUAACCAGAACUCGAAAAGUUACUUCUCACCCUCCCUCAGCUCUUCUUUCCAUACUCAGCAUCAAGUUGUGAGCGAACAGCUAAGGGAAAGUCGAAACCUUUCAUGUUAUUUGCAUUGCAGAGAAGUUUUAUGGACUGAAUUCUUUAUUUUUGCGUCGAUAUUUCUAGAAAAGAAAAGCGAAAAAUGGAGCAUUCCCAGCAAACCUCUCUGAAGAGAAGCUUCCAAGUCAUGAAUGGAGGGCAAACAGAAACUGACUCGACUAACGUGGACAAACCACGGCCUCUACGAAGAGAUGAGAUGAAGGCUGUCAAGGUUGCAUUAAUGAGGAACACAAUUGCUAUGGUGGAUCCGGGUACUGACAGGACAAUGCUUUCUCUGCUGAUGGUUCAAGAAUUUGUGAAAUCUUUAAUGGAGAUUAAUGUUGGCAAAAAGAUUGCAAUUCUAGCCACUACAGUUAAUCUUGUUCAUCAGCAAUUUGAGGCCAUAAAAUGCCACACCAAGCUACAAGUCCAACAAUUCUAUGGGGCAAGAGGAAUUGAUACAUGGGAUGCUGACACAUGGGAAAAAGAAGUGAAUGAUCAUGAUGUUUUGGUGAUGACACCACAGAUUUUAUUGAAUGGAUUGGUAAAGGAAUUUUUGAAUAUUGGAACAAUUUGCUUAUUGGUCCUAGAUGACUGCCAUUGCGCCAGUGGCAGCCAUCCCUAUGCCAAAAUUAUGAAGGAUUUCUAUCAUCAAUCCAGCAAAAAGCCUAAGAUUUUUGGGAUGUCUGCUUGUGUGAAAUCUAGGAAAGGCACCUCAACAACCAAGGAGAAUCUUGAAAAUCUUCUAGACUCCCAGAUAUUUUCAAAAGAGAAUUCAGGGGACUCAGAAGAUCUUUCCUCUUCCACAAAUGAGUGCUGUAUAUUUUAUGAUACGGCACAUACUUGCAAUUCGGAAUUGAAAAUAGAACUGGAUUCGUUGUGGUCUAAGUUUGAUGCAGUUUUACUCAAACUGCAAGCUUCAUCAGAAUCAGUGCCAAGUCAGUCUAUUGAUAGUUUAGAUACCAGUGCUCUGUAUGAGAUGUUGAGGAAGAAGUUGUCUGAUGAUCAUGCAACUAUCAAACACUGCCUUUAUAAUCUUGGGUCUAUACCUGCAUUAGAGGCUGCUAAAGUUUGUCUGGAGAAUAUUGUUAACAGUAGAGAAGAAUAUCAAGGCAAGGAAGGCUCCUCUCAGCAUAGAUAUUUUCUUGAGGAAGUAAUAUCGACUUUCGACGAGUCAUUGCCACCUGAUUAUAAAAAGCCUCCAGCUUGUGGUUACGAUCCUUCUGUAACAAUCAUGAAGGGCCAUAUAUCACCCAAGUUACAUCUGCUCUUUGACACACUCAAAUCAUUUGGGGUGGAUCAAUUACCAUGCAUUGUAUAUGUUGAAAGUGCUAUAACAUCUAAAGUUGCAGAGAGACUCGCAAAGACAAUAACUUUUGGAUCCUUCUGCUCUAGAAUGGUGGAUAUAUUAUUUACAACAUAUACAGUUUUGGAUGGAAUAAACGCACCCGACUGCAAUUCUAUCAUAAGAUUUGAUUUGCCAAGUGCUGUUUCUAGCUACAUCAACUCUCAAAAACAAGCAUGUAAAAAGGCUUCAAAGUACAUAACUAUGCUUGAAAGUGGAGGAUGAGUUGAUGGAUACUUGUGGACUGAACUCAUUAAGGCUGAGUGUGGUGGGUGAGGUGCAGGGAAUAUGAUAGAUUUGAGUGGUUAUGGAUACUCUUCAGGAGGCAGGGUAGGCAAUCAAGCUCGUGAGUAGGUCAAAAAGCCUUUGUUUCAUGCCUUGAAGGGGAAACUUAAAACAAAGAGAGCAAAUGUUCCAUUUGAUAUGCUGUGAGUUCCCUAUGUUAGAUAUAUCAGCAAUAAAGGAGGACUAUGAUUCUGUGACAAUAGAGGAGUAUAAUUCUGUUCCAAAACAAUGUGGAGUGAAGAAAAGUGAUGCAUAUUGUGCACAGACAACUGGUGCAUCUGUGGAUGUGAGGAUAAUGGAGUGUAAUUCUGUUCCAAAAGUAUGUGAAAUGAAGAAAAGCAAUGCGUAUUGUGUAGAGGCAACUGGUGCGUCCGUGGAUGUGGAUUCAAGCAUCAGUCUUGUAUAUCGAUACUGCCAAAAGCUUGGACACAAGAACGCCAAUCCAAAACCAGAAUUUGAGACCAUUGUGUCCCCAGAGCAGUUGUACCGAUGCAAAUUAACAUUACCAAUGAGUGCAGCUUUUCAAACCAUUAUUGGCCCUGAUAGUUUGAAUGCUCGUGUAGCUAAAAAAUAUGCAUGCUUGGAGGCAUGCAAAAAGCUGCACGAGUUGGGGGCACUGAAUGACCAUCUUCUCCCUGCUGGCACAAAGGCUACCUCCCAAAAGGAUUUGGAUUUGCAUUCUCAAGUAUCAACGUCAGGUGCAGGAACUACAAAGAGAAAGGAAUUGCAUGGGACAUCAAGCAUCAGUGCACUGGCUGGAUUGUGGGGAGAGGUGGAAGCUGAAGUAAAUUUUCAAGCUUAUAAAAUGGUCUUCUACUCCAAUGAUCCAGAAGUGAACUAUUCCAGUUUUGUUCUUUUAAUGGAAUCAAAGCUAGAUGAUGAUGUUGGAAAUAUAGAAGUGGAACUCUACUUGCUUAGAAGAAUUGUUAAGGCUUCUAUCUCCUCACUUGGGCUAAUAACACUGGAUGCAGAUCAGGUCAGGAAAGCAAAGAGGUUUCAGGAAUUCUUCUUUAAUGGGCUGUUUGGGAAACUGUUUACGCGUGCAUCAGGUGAAAGGAAGCUCAUAUUUAACAUGGAGGAAUCUCUUUGGGAGAAAUCAUAUAUGUACUUGCUCUUGCCCCUUGAUACAGUAGGCCAUAGUUCUGAACGGUUGUGCAUUGAUUGGAAUGGAAUUCAUUCCUCUGUUUCUGCUGUGGAAUAUCUGAAGAAAAAUGCUUGGCUUAAUGCUGAGUUGUCUGAAGCUAACAGAAGGAAUAGUUUUCUCCAUAGAAAUGAUUUGGAUGCAAUGGAUACUGAUUCUAUAGAGCAGAUUCACAUGGCCAAUAUAUCAGUUCCUAGAAAUAGUGUGAGGGGUAUGGUUGUUGUUGCUAUUCAUUCGGGAAGAAUCUAUUCUAUCUUGGAAGCUGUUCCUGAUUCAUCCUCUAGAAGUCCAUUCGAAGGUAGCACUGAAGAAGCCCCAUCUACCUAUUCAUCUUAUGAUGACUACUUCCAGAAAAGGUACGGGAUUACUCUGUUGUAUCCUGAACAGCCGAUAUUCCUGCUAAAGCAAAGCCAUAAUGCCCAUAAUCUUCUCGUGGACUUCAGAAACACAGGAUUGUCAUCGCUAAAGGAGCCAGAGAAUAAUAGCAAAACGGCUAACAUAAAACCACACCAGCAUGCUCACAUUCCACCAGAACUUCUUAUCAGUAUUGAUAUUAAAUUGGAUGUCUUGAGGUCAUUUUACUUGAUGCCCUCACUGAUGCAUAGACUCCAGUGUUUGAUGCUUGCCAGCCAGCUAAGAAGAGAGAUUUGUUGUCUUUAUGGUGACUCAAAUGUGCCAAGCUCAUUGGUUCUGGAAGCUCUCACAACCCAGAGGUGCAAUGAAAUUUUUUCCAUGGAGCGUUUAGAGUUGCUAGGAGAUUCAGUUUUGAAAUAUGCUCUGGGUUGUCACCUCUUCCUCAAAUAUCUCGAUAAAGAUGAAGGGGUGCUCUCUGACAAGCGUAGAUGGGCAGUGUGCAACUCAACACUUCAUAGGUUGGGCAUCAGCCGUAAUAUACAGGGAUAUAUACUAGACCGUCCAUUUAUUCCCCGCACAUGGGCUGCUCCAGGUCAGCUUUCUAUUUGGCCUUCUCCAUGCAAACAUGGGGUGGACACCUUAGAAGUGCCAGUGAAUGAUGAUUUCUCCAGAGAUGAUGAGACGGUUGAAAUCGGGCGGUGCUGUGAUAGAGGUCACAGAUGGAUAGUAUCAAAGACUAUAUCUGACUGUGUUGAAGCACUGGUGGGAGCAUAUUAUGUUGGUGGUGGGUUGGUUUCUUCUAUUAAGUUGAUGAAAUGGGUUGGUAUGGAUAUUGAUCUUGAUGAUCUAUCCAUGGUGAAUGAUGCCAUAAAAGCUGCUUCUCUGCACUCCUAUAUGCCGAGCACUGUUAGCAUUGAAAGCCUUGAGUCAAAAAUCGGUUACACAUUUUCUGUCAAGGGGUUGAUAUUAGAGGCCAUAACACACAAAACUAAGCAAGAGCUAGGUGUUGGGUGCUGUUACGAGAGGCUUGAAUUUCUUGGAGAUGCCGUGCUAGACAUUCUAAUCACUUGGUAUCUCUAUCAAAACCACACUGAUGUUGACCCUGGGGAGUUGACAGAUUUACGUUCUGCUUCUGUCAACAACACAAAUUUCGCUCUUGCUGCUGUGAGGGCAAAUCUUCAUCCGCAUCUUCAGCACUGCUCAACCAAUCUUGAAAGCCAAAUAUUGGAAUUUGAGAAGUCCAUAUCUAACUCUAGCUGCACUGCGGAGUUGCUUGUGGGCGGGAAAGCUCCCAAGGAAUUGGGAGAUCUUGUGGAAAGUAUUGCCGGGGCAAUACUUAUUGAUACCAAACUUGACUUAGGCAAAGUCUGGGAAAUCUUUGAACCGAUACUCUCACCCAUUGUUACUCCUGAAAGUUUAGAACUCCCUCCAUAUAGGGAAUUAAUUGAAUUGUGUAGCUCUUCCGGCUACUUUUUGAAACAAUAUUGGCAAAGAAAGGGGGAAGCAGUGCAUGCCGAACUCACAGUACAGCUUGAAGAUGAGUUGCUGUUUGGAGAGGGGCUUGGGCAGUGCAGAAAAGAUGCAAAAGGGCAGGCUGGUCUUCUUCUACUAAAAAACUUAAAGAGUAGAGGAGUCUCAUCAACGAAGAAUAGACCAGAGACCGACCUUGUUGUUCCUUUAGCAGGGGUUCCUCUGUUAACUGCUGAUAGCUCUAGCAAUCCUAAAUCAAAUAACAAUAUUCCAGAAAUUCCGCCAAUCAACUUGAGAAAGGGAGGACCAAGGACAUCACUGUUCAGCCUAUGCAAGUCACUUCAAUGGCCAAUACCCACAUUUGAUGCAUCCGAGACUAAAUCAAAGUCUCUGAUUGAAUUUGGUGAGGGUUCUGAAAGGAGGACUGGAUUUAUCAGUUUCGAAUCCCGAAUCACCUUGACGAUUCCAAAUGUUGGAGUGAUUGAACUCUCGGGUGAGAAAAGACCCGACAAGAAGAGUUCUAGUGAUUCUGCUGCACGUGCCAUGCUCCUUGAACUUGAACGACAAGGGAAAAUCACCAUUCGUAAAGAGUAAUCUUUUCUCUGUGCAUGAGCUAUUUUUGACGUAGGGAUAACGAGCUGGUUUUGGAAGUAACUGUGUAUCUAAUUCUAACUGAGGCUGAUGGUAGCAGCUAGCAGGAGGGUGUGUUUAUCCUGCAUAAUCCAAAUUUAACACACCCGAGUACACAUGCAUUAUUGAAGUUAAAUUUGGUGUAAGUAGCAUUUAAAUGAUGAACUGACUAAAAAUUGUAAAUACUAUUCGGUGGUAACUCUGGCUAUCUAAUUGCAUUUAGAAUCUUUCUGGCCUGGCCG